CGGAAGUCCGACUGUGAGGUUGGUGAGAUCUGUGUCGGGAAGCGGGCGGAGUGGAAGUGAUAUCAGGGAGAAAUGGAGUUAAUGCAGACUGUGUUUAGAUUGCUAUGACAGUGAAGAAGUGAGACAAACAACAUGGCAGACAAAAGACAGCGGGCAAGAGUGCAGGGUUCAUGGGCAGGCCACAGCAAGACUGCAACAACCGCAUUUCAAGCUGGAAGACGUACUUCAGAAAAUGUUGCUAGAACACAUUGGCCAUCAAAAGAACAGGCUGCAGCUGAUAGGCGAUUUGUCUUUCAAGACCCCACUGAGGUUCAGCGUAAAAUUCCAGAAGAAAGGAUCAUUGACAAAGAAGGUUUAUAUGAGAUCAGCAGCGGGCCAACAGGAAUUUCCAGACUGCAUCUGAAACCUGGUUUCAUUGAGUCAAAAGAAGCUGAUUGGAUGUUUGAACAACUGUCGAGGGAAAUACCAUGGCAGCAAAAAUCUAACAUUGGACGAGAUGGACCCUAUCAGGAACCAAGACUCACAGCUUGGUAUGGACAGCUCCCCUACACCUACUCUGGCUCAACUAUGAAAUCAAACCCUCAUUGGCAUCCUCUAUUAGCUAUGCUGAAGGAUCUCAUUGAGGAAUUAACCGGAUACACCUUUAAUUCUCUUCUAUGCAAUCUGUACCGAAGUUGUAAGGACAGCAUUGAUUGGCACAGCGAUGAUGAACCAUCAUUGGGAAGAAGCCCAGUUAUUGCAUCACUCAGCUUUGGGGAAACCAGGAAUUUUGAAAUGAGGAAGAAACCACCUCCAGAAGAGAAAGGGGAUUAUACCUAUGCAGAAAGAAUUCGUAUCCCAUUAAGCCAUGGGUGUUUGCUGAUAAUGGAAGGGAGCACCCAGAAGGAUUGGCAGGUGAGGUCCUGGAGGACUGGAGAGCAGCAAAUGUGCCUUUGUUCAAGAAAGAGAAUAAGGAUAAUCCAGCAUCGAGUUCCAAAAGAAUACCAUGAUAGAAAUCCACGAAUAAACCUAACAUUUAGAACAGUUUAUCCUGAGGCAUGAUUAAACUGAAGAUAAUGUUAGACGUGAAGAUGCAUUUGAUGCGCUGUACAAAAAUAACUGAAAGAGCAGAAGUCUUCAAUUGAACUUUGAUAGUUUUUGUUUGAAAGCAGGAACUUUGGGUACUACAUUAAUAAUUUUUUGAAAACAUUCUCAAUAGGUAUUGUUGCCAUUAACACAAACAAAGAAAGUUUCAUACAAAUGUGUUUAAGAAUUUGUCUGUUAAUGUUUACAAUUCUGAGGCACUGGGCUUGUAUUUUAAAGAAGAAUGUCUGGAAAGUUUCACUGUUGCAAGUUUAGGAAAAAUGAAGUAUGAAUCCGUAAUUUCAUUGGUGGCGAAAAUUUAUUUCUAAAUUAUGUUAUUAAGUCAUUUUUGAAUUUUUUGGGGAAAAAAAAUUUCAAAUUGUGACUGUGUACAAAUCUAGAAAAAGUUUCUCGUACGGAAAUGUGUCAUGGAAAGCUUGGAACCUGAAAAUAUUUAUUGAAGGCUUAGAUGUUUGUUUGAAAGCCAAGGUUAAGUUUCACCAUUGAAUAAUUAAAAAUUGAACUAGAGUAUGAGAGGAAGGAUUUUGGUGAGAGAAAACAAUGAAAAAGUUGAUUGCAUUUUUUUUGUAACAUAGUUGCUGAAAACAUUAUACAGUAGAAGUUUAAAAACAUGUUCAAAAGCACAUUUAAUUUUGUAUGAUAUGAAAUGUCCAGAAAUAGUUAUCAUUUAAACAUAAUGCACUUUGAAACUGAUGGAAUUAAUGACAUCAUGAAAUAUAAAUAGGUAUACACUAAAUAAAUUGAUUGUUAAUCAAAGGU